AUGGAAGAUAAUGGCUUGGUUUUGUUGUUCUAUGUUGGCCACCGCAAGUUGAAGCUUCUUGUGUCUCCUAUUCUGUUCAUGCUCUUCCUUCUAUCUCCAUUUACUUUGCCCCUCAGCGAAGAAGGUUUGCGCUUUGUGGGGCAAGCAUUAAUAGCGAUGAAGGCUACUUUCAGCAAUAUGGCAGACGUGCUUCUUGACUGGGAUGACGUUCACAGUGACGACUUUUGCUCAUGGCGUGGAGUUUACUGCGAUAAUGGCAGCCUUACUGUGAUUUCUCUGAAUUUGUCCAGCUUGAACCUAGGUGGGGAGAUAUCACCAGCCGUCGGGGACUUGGGAAACUUGCAAUCAGUAGACUUGCAAGGGAAUAAAUUAACGGGGCAAAUCCCAGAUGAAAUUGGAAACUGUGCCGCUCUUGUUCAUCUGGAUUUGUCUGAUAAUCAGCUUUAUGGUGAUAUACCUUUCUCCCUUUCAAAGCUUAAGCAACUUGAGUUUUUGAAUCUAAAGAGUAAUCAAUUGACGGGUCCUAUCCCUUCAACUUUAACCCAAAUUCCAAAUCUGAAGACUCUUGAUCUUGCUCGAAAUAGGCUCACAGGAGAAAUACCAAGAUUACUCUAUUGGAAUGAAGUUUUACAGUACCUUGGAUUACGAGGGAACAUGUUGAGUGGUAUUCUGUCCCCUGAUAUAUGUCAAUUAACUGGAUUGUGGUAUUUCGAUGUGAGAGGCAAUAAUUUGACUGGUACCAUACCUGACAGCAUAGGAAACUGUACAAGUUUCGAAAUCUUCGACAUAUCAUAUAAUCAGAUUACUGGAGAGAUUCCAUAUAAUAUUGGAUUUCUGCAAGUUGCUACUUUGUCACUUCAAGGCAAUAGACUAACUGGGAAGAUUCCAGAAGUGAUUGGUUUAAUGCAAGCCCUUGCAAUAUUGGAUCUGAGUGAAAACGAGUUAGUGGGAUCAAUUCCUCCAAUACUUGGCAAUCUCACCUUCACCGGAAAACUGUACCUUCACGGAAACAUGCUUACUGGCCCAAUACCUCCUGAACUCGGCAAUAUGUCCAAACUGAGCUACUUGCAAUUGAACGACAACCACCUAGUUGGUCAAAUUCCAAAUGAAUUUGGGAAGCUAGAACAUCUUUUUGAAUUGAAUCUUGCCAAUAAUCAUUUUGAUGGAACUAUUCCACAUAACAUAAGCUCCUGCACUGCCUUAAACCAGUUCAAUGUGCACGGUAAUCAGUUAAGUGGUUCGAUUCCAUUGAGCUUCCGUGGCCUUGAUAGUUUGACGUACUUAAACCUCUCCGCAAAUAACUUCAAGGGGAAUAUACCCGUUGAGUUGGGGCAUAUCAUUAAUCUAGAUACAUUGGAUCUAUCCAACAAUAAUUUUUCAGGUCAUGUGCCACCAUCUAUUGGUUACUUGGAACAUCUCCUGACCCUCAACUUGAGUCACAACCACCUUGGAGGUUCUUUGCCAGCCGAAUUUGGGAAUCUCAGAAGCAUUCAAAUUCUUGAUAUGUCAUUCAACAAUCUGUCUGGUAGCAUUCCUCCGGAAAUUGGUCAGCUACAGAACCUUAUGUCUUUGAUUAUGAACAACAAUGAUCUGCGUGGGAAGAUUCCUGAUCAGCUGACUAAUUGUUUUAGUCUUACAUUAUUAAAUUUGUCCUAUAAUAACCUUUCUGGAGUAAUUCCCUCUAUGAAGAACUUCUCUAGGUUUUCAGCCGACAGCUUCUUUGGAAACUCAUUAUUAUGUGGAGAUUGGUUAGGAUCAAUAUGUCGUCCUUACAUACCAAAAUCAAGAGAAAUUUUCUCGAGAGUUGCUGUUGUAUGUCUCACGCUAGGAAUUAUGAUUUUGUUAGCCAUGGUCAUUGUAGCCUUCUAUAGGUCCAGCCAAUCGAAGCAAUUCAAGAAAGGAUCUAGCAGAACUGGGCAAGGUUCCCCAAAACUAGUUAUUCUUCACAUGGAUAUGGCUAUUCACACCUUGGAUGAUAUAAUGAGAAGCACAGAAAAUCUGAAUGAGAAAUAUAUCAUAGGGUAUGGUGCCUCUAGUACGGUAUACAAAUGUGUUUUAAAGAAUUCCCGACCGAUUGCAAUUAAGCGACUCUACAACCAACACCCACACAAUUUGAGGGAGUUUGAGACCGAACUUGAAACAGUGGGUAGCAUUAGGCAUAGAAACCUUGUCACCUUGCAUGGAUAUGCACUUACUCCCAAUGGAAAUCUUCUUUUCUAUGACUAUAUGGCGAAUGGCUCACUGUGGGAUCUUCUACAUGGUCCCUCGAAGGUAAAACUUGAUUGGGAAACACGCCUGAGGAUUGCUGUUGGAGCAGCUGAAGGACUUGCUUAUCUCCAUCAUGACUGCAACCCACGAAUAGUUCAUAGGGACAUAAAAUCUUCGAAUAUUUUGCUGGAUGAGAACUUUGAAGCUCAUCUCUCCGAUUUUGGCACGGCAAAAUGCAUCUCGACGACCAGAACUCAUGCAUCGACCUAUGUCCUUGGAACUAUAGGUUAUAUUGACCCUGAGUAUGCCCGAACAUCUAGGCUGAAUGAAAAAUCAGAUGUGUAUAGCUUUGGCAUAGUUCUGCUGGAGUUACUUACUGGAAAGAAGGCAGUGGACAAUGAGUCUAAUUUGCAUCAAUUGAUAUUGUCCAAGGCAGAUAACAAUACUGUAAUGGAGGCUGUGGAUGCAGAGGUGUCUAUAACCUGCAUUGAUCUAGCUCAUGUUAAGAAGACAUUUCAGCUUGCUUUGCUUUGCACGAAAAAGAACCCUUCUGAGAGGCCUACCAUGCAUGAAGUAGCCAGGGUUCUGGUAUCACUACUCCCUUCACCUCCAACUAAAAUCACUGCUCCACCUGCAAAGAAGUUUGACUACGCCCAUUUUGUGAUCGAGAAGGGACAACCACGAAAAGUGGAAGGACAACCACCUCAGCAGGAUAACAACUCUACCAAUGCUCAAUGGUUUGUACGCUUUGGAGAUGUAAUAUCCAAGAGCACUUGA